GCCCGCAGCAGCCCCAUGGCGGCGCUGGAGCUGCCGCGGCCGCCCCCGAGCGCCGCCGAGUCCCCGGAGCCGGAGCCCGGCGGGCGCUACGAGGCCGUGGUGCCGCACUGGUUCUACUGCAAGGUCACGGACACGCGGGAGCGCUGGGUGCCGUUCAGCGCGCAGGACUCGGAGCGGCUGGAGGCGGCGCACGGCGCAGGGAAGGACCAGGAUGGCGUGGUGGUGCCCACCUCGGGGGGCAGGUACGACGUGCACCUGCGGGCGCGGCAGCGCGUGGCCGUGUACUGGGAGGAGGAGGCGGCCGAGGUGCGGCGCUGCACCUGGUUCUACAAGGGGGACAAGGACAACAAGUUCAUCCCCUACUCGGAGUCCUUCAGUGAGAAACUGGAGGAAGCUUACAUGAUUGCCAUGACCCUGGGUGAGUGGAAGAAGAAGCUGGAGUCCCCCAACAGAGAAGUCAUUAUCCUGCACAACCCAAAGCUGAUGGUUCACUACCAUCCCGUUGCCAGCUCCGACGACUGGGUCUCCACCCCCACGGAACAAGGCCGGCCCCGCACGGUGAAGAGAGGAGUGGAGAACAUCGCUGUGGAGAUCCCCAACGGAGAGCCACUGCAGAUCGACCACCUGGUGUUCGUGGUGCACGGCAUCGGCCCCGCCUGCGACAUCCGCUUCCGCAGCAUCGUGCAGUGUGUGAAUGAUUUCAGGAACGUCUCCCUCAGCAUGCUGCAGGCACACUUCAGGAAGGCCCAGGAGCAGCAGCAGGUCGGGCGGGUGGAGUUCCUGCCUGUGAACUGGCACAGCUCCCUGCACUCCACGGGCGUGGACGUUGACCUGGAGCGGAUCACGCUGCCCAGCAUCAACCGCCUGCGUCACUUCAUCAACGACACCAUCCUGGACGUGUUCUUCUACAACAGCUCCACCUAUUGCCAGACCAUCGUGGACACGGUGGCCUCGGAGAUGAACCGCCUGCACCGGCUCUUCCUGCAGAGGAACCCGCACUUCAGGGGCGGGGUGUCCAUCGCGGGCCACAGCCUGGGGUCACUCAUUUUGUUUGAUCUCCUGACGAACCAGAAGGCUGAUCCCGAGGAGGAGCACUGUGUGCAGGGCUCCAGGACAACCUCAAGCACAGGGGGUAUUGAGGAAGUAAAAGAAAUCCUGAAGAAGCUGGAGCUGUCUGAGUACUGUGAUGUUUUUGAGAAGGAGGAAAUGGACAGGCAAGCACUGUUCUUGUGCACAGAGAAAAACCUGAAAGAAAUGGGAAUUCCUUUAGGGCCCAGGAUGAAAAUACUCCAUUACAUCAGCUCCGAGACAGGGACGAAGGGUCGGAGCUCAGCAGCUCCUGGGCACAGUGAAGGUGGGGCUGAGCCAGGGUCCCCAUCCCAGCUCGGGGACAGCUCCAAGGAUGGCAGGAGCUGCCAGUACCGGGACGUUGGCUUGGGACAGGUCUCGGCAAACUACCCCCAGCUGAACUACAAGCCCAGCAUCUUCUUUGCCUUUGGCUCUCCCAUCGGGAUGUUCCUCACGGUGCGAGGAGUGAAGCGCAUCGACCCCAACUACAGCCUGCCCACCUGCAAAGGCUUCUUCAACAUCUUCCACCCCUUUGACCCCGUGGCAUAUCGGAUCGAGCCCAUGAUCGUCCCGGAGCUGGAGUUUGAGCCCAUGCUGCUGCCCCACCACAAGGGCAGGAAGAGGAUGCACCUGGAGCUGAAGGAAGGGCUGACUCGCAUGAGCGUGGACCUGAAGAACAACCUGCUGGGCUCCCUGCGGGUGGCCUGGCAGUCCUUCACCCGUUCCCCCGUGCCAGCCCUGGAGGCAGGGAGCUCUGAAGCUGAGGCAGAGGCAGAGGCUGGCACUGAGAAGCAGCCAGACACAAAGCCAGAGGAGCCCCCAGCAGUAGUGAAAGAGGAGACCCCUCCCAUCAAUGUGGGGAGGCUGAACGGGGGGAACCGCAUCGACUACGUGCUGCAGGAGAAGCCAAUAGAGAGCUUCAACGAGUAUUUAUUUGCACUCCAGGGGCAUCUCUGCUACUGGGAGUCGGAGGACACUGUUCUGCUGGUUCUGAAGGAGAUCUACCAGACACAAGGCAUCACACUGGAUCAGCCUUUACCAGGGAGCCAGUGACCCACCUGUGCUGUUGUGGCUGUUCAAUCCCACAGAGUACUCACCAGGAAAGUCCAGAUCUCUUCUCUGCCUUCCUCUCUCCUCUGCUGCCGAGUCCUGCAUGCUGCUUCCCAAGUAUUUGCUGCUGCCUGGAGAUAAGGACGGAUUUUCCUCCAUUUUGGGUAGGGCUAGGGGGAAAAACUGUCAAGGAAGACCACUUCUGCUCAAACACACACACCACCUGUACAGUGACUCCCUGUGGCAACGUGUACUUGUAAGCCUGCACCCUGUGAGUCCCCACACCAGCAGAUGAGCUGUCUGGGCUCAGAACCCAGCAAGGCCCUGAGCCCACACCUGGCUCUGUGAGGACACUCACAGCCCAGGACCUUGAGGAGAAAAAGCCUUAAACACAGCAUGGGAAGAGCUGCAGCAGCCUUGGAGCAAGGGAGAUUGCUGACUGCAAACACAAACCCCCCAGCAGGGCCCGGGAGGCGAAGCCCAGGGCACAGACUGCUGCUGAGCCACAGGGGCUGGCCAGCAGCCACGCUCAUCCCUGCACUGCUGCUGCACCCUGUCAGAGUGGCAUGCUCGUGCUCCUCCCUGCUGUGGGGUGCUGCUGGGGACAGCUCAGCAUCCCAGCCCAGCCCACCCAGGCCUCCCCAGUGCUGCUGGGGACAGCUCAGCACCCCAACCCAAACCACCCAGACCCUCCCCACAGCCCUGACCCAGCCAGUGCUGCUGGGGACAGCUCAGCACCCCAACCCAGCCCACCCAGCCCACCCAGACCCUCCCCACAGCCCUGACCCAGCCAGUGCUGCUGGGGACAGCUCAGCACCCCAACCCAAACCACCCAGGGCUCCCCAGUGCUGCUGGGGACAGCUCAGCACCCCAACCCAGCCCACCCAGACCCUCCCCAUGGCCCUGACCCAGCCGGUGCCCCCUGUCCCUGCUCUGAGGAAAGCUUCCCCUCCAGCUGCAGCCAGCCCAGGGAACAGCAGCUGCUGCUGGCAGUGCCAGGCAGGGUGAGCCCUCUGGGCCCUGCAGGGACACAGAGCAGGGCUGCUGUCCCACAGGGCUGGCAGGUGAGCACAGAGAUCUGUGCCCUCCACGCUCCCGUCCCGGUUUAGCUUUAAAUGUACAAAACGCAGCCAGCAAAGGUGGAGCCCAGAUCCAGCAGGGUCUGGCCACUGCAGGAAUGACACCAGCUCUGUAGGCAGCUCAGUCUGCACCUGCCUUGAAGCUCUUUUCUGAGGGGGCAGGGCUGGAGAGCCUCUGGGAUCCUUCCCUGGGCACCAAAGCCCCUGGGCUGGGGGCUCCAGUGCUGUGUGAGGUGUUGCUGUGCAGCCUUUGGAGAGCCAAACCACUUUCCCUCCUGCUGACUUUUGCCCUGCAUGGGGUAAGGAGCCUUUUUUCCCCACAGCCUGUUGGUUUGUUUUUCCUCCAUUGUCUGUUAUUUGCACUAUUGGAAAGGUUUCGUUUGCAGCCUCUAUCCCUCCUCCCCUCCCAAGGAACAGAAGCUGUUCUUUACCUGACUGCAGGAACAGCCAAGCUGCUUGGUCAGCACCUGACCCACUGCUGGCUAAGGUCUCAUGGGAGUAGGAAAAGGGACAGUCUUAACAUGGGACACUAAUGAUCAGCUUUUUAAGUUAUGCACUUUGUUAAAAAAAAGGAAGUUAAAUACAUUUUAAAUGUUAUUUAAUGUCUUUUCCAGUAAAAGCCAAAAUAAAUAAGUAGAUGAC